AUGUCGACACCGAUGGAAUUUGUAGCACCAAAGGUGGUAGAUGGAGAAAUUGAAAUUGAAAUAGAUGGAGAUAUUGAAAUUGAAAUCAGGGAGAAGGAUGUGGAGUUAGAGCUAUUAUACUGGGAUUCGACACUGAUUCUAUAUGCUCUUGGUGGUGAUAUAAAUAUGAACAUGCUGAAGCAUUACAUGGAACGCAUAUGGAACUUUGUACAAUUACCAGAUAUGGUAUACCAUGAAGAGGGUUAUUUCAUCCUGAAAUUUAGAUCACACAGCGAUAAGGAUACAGUUCUGAUGAAGGGUCCUCAUACGAUGCGAAAUAUGCCUCUAUUACUAAGGGAUUGGAAACCAGGAUUCAAUCUAAAGGAAGAUAUGCUGCGAACUUUUCUGAUUUGGGUAAAACUUCCACAACUACCUUUACAUUUGUGGGGAGUGAGGAGUCUAAACAAGAUUGGGAGUGCUUUGGGGAAUCCAUUAGUGACGGAUGAAUGCACUGCUAGCAAAGCCAGGGUCUCUUAUGCACAGAUCUUAGUUGAGGUAGAUGUAACACAAGAAUUGAAUAGCACAAUUAACAUAAAGGAUAUGGAAGGUAGGAAGCUUACACAACCAGUUAAAUACGAAUGGAAACCUAUAUUUUGUGGCAAGUGUCAGAAGUUUGGCCACAAUUGCAAAGAGAAAAUUAUUAAGAAAUGGCAGCCAAAGCCUAUAGUGCCUGCAGAGCCUAAGAACCCCGCAAAGGAGACAGUUGAUGAAUUGAAUGGGCCAGAGAUCAAAGGAACUACACCUGCAAAAGGCAUAGAAGAUAUUAAUAUUAAGGAAUCAUGGAAGGAAUGGGAGACUAUGCUCUAG